AUCCUCCGUAAGCCCACGGCUUUUUCUGUGGCUACUUCCGCCUUUUCUUCCCCCCAUAUACAACCAACCAAACUCUGUCCCUUUCAUCUCUCCUCCUCCUUAUCCUCUCAUCAAACUUCAUUUCCCCUCUUACUGGAUCGCUCAAUAAAUAGAGUUCCGGAUCAAUUGAUCUUCUGCUUGACUUCUCUCAGUGGACGCAACAAAUCCAAAUCAACCAUACCAAAAACUUCAUUUACUUUCAAAGCACCAACAUAUACAUAUACUACUACUAUACAGACGUAGAGGAAGGACGGAGAUGAGUAAGGCUUUCGCUUUAUCAUCGGCAACGAUCAUUACACACCACUCAAAUGUUAAAUCGAUCUUCUUAGACAUCUCCUCCACUUCCCCUACUGUCACGAUGCUCCGAUCCUCACCUUCUGUUUCUCUUUCGCUUUCCCGCAACAGCACCAGCAGCACGAGGAUGGUACGAUGUCAGGUAGCUUUGAAAUCUACGGCAUCUUCGUCGACUUCCCUUGAGAGUGAUCCUUCCUCGUCCACGGCCACGAUUGGAGGAGGAGAGGCGGAGAAGGAGUUGCCAGGGAGCGAGGCCAGGAUAGGGGCUAGAGUUAGGGUGAAGGUGCCUCUCAAAGUUUAUCAUGUGAGCCGCGUGCCGGAGGUCGAUCUCAACGGCAUGGAAGGAGUAAUCAAGGACUACGUGGCUCUUUGGAAGGGCAAGCGCAUCUCUGCUAAUUUACCUUUCAAGGUUGAGUUCUUCAUGGACGUCGAGGGCCGCGGUUCUGUCAAGUUCUUGGCGCAUCUCAGGGAGGAUGAGUUCGAAUACACCGAUUAGACGACUUCUCCACUUUCUUUCUCUUGCGCUCGUUCUCUUGAACAAGCAGAGUUUUGAGGCGUGAACUAUUUUUGGAGAGAAAUGCCCUGCUUUUAAAUUACAAGGCGCCAGUAAUGUGGAAGGUCUGUGGGAAACUAAGCAUUACUUGCCUAUUAUUCUGGUGGAUUGUCUGUAGGGAUUAGUCUUGUCUUACACUCUGUGCUGGACAGACUCUGCUGCACUCUUCCUACCAGCACUGUGCAAAACUUGCUCAUCAAGCCCAACCUCACUUAAGAUAGAAUUCUGAUUCUUCCUUAACUCAUGUCAAUUUUAGAAUUUCAAGUGUAGCUUGUUUAUUUUAUUAUUAUUAUUAUUCUUUUGCAUUGGGCGCGGGGGAAGAAGUCCAGCCACUUUAU